CUCCUCCUCUCGCGAGAGGCGCGAGGCGCGGAGCCGGCGGCUGCGGACGAGCCGGGAGCGAGCCCCGGGAGGCAGGUCUGCAGCACUGCAGGAAUGGCAGAUUUUGGGAUCUCAGCUGGCCAGUUUGUGGCAGUGGUCUGGGACAAGUCAUCCCCGGUGGAGGCUCUGAAAGAUCUGGUGAAUAAGCUUCAAGCGUUAACUGGCGAUGAGGGCCAAGUGUCCGUGGAAAGUAUCAACCAGCUGUUGCAGUCUGCCCACAAAGAGUCGAGUUUUGACAUUAUUUUGUCCGGCGUGAUUCCUGGAAGCACUACUCUGCACGGUCCUGAAAUUUUGGCUGAGAUUGCCCGGAUCCUUCGGCCUGGUGGAUGUCUUUUUCUGAAAGAGCCAAUAGAGACAGCUAUGGUUAACAAUAGCAAAGUGAAGACGGCGUCUAAGCUGUGUUCAGCCCUGACUCUUGCUGGUCUUGUGGAAGUAAAAGAGCUGCAGCGGGAGUGCUUGAGUCCUGGGGAGAUGCAGUCUGUCCAAGAACACCUGGGCUACCAGAGUGACAGCUUGCUCUCCAUGCAGAUCACAGGCAAAAAACCCAACUUUGAAGUGGGUUCUUCUAGUCAGCUUCCGCUUUCUACUGCCAAGAAGUCUUCUCCUUCGGUGAAGCCUGCUGUGGACCCUGCAGCUGCCAAGCUCUGGACCCUCUCAGCCAACGACAUGGAGGAUGACAGCGUGGAUCUCAUUGACUCAGAUGAGCUGCUGGAUCCAGAAGAUUUGAAGAAGCCAGAUCCAGCUUCGUUGCGGGCUGCUUCGUGUGGAGAAGGGAAAAAGAGGAAGGCCUGCAGGAACUGCACUUGUGGCCUUGCAGAAGAGCUGGAAAAGGAGAAGUCGAGGGAACAGAUGAGCUCCCAACCCAAGUCGGCUUGUGGAAACUGCUACUUGGGCGAUGCUUUCCGCUGUGCCAGCUGCCCCUACCUUGGGAUGCCAGCCUUCAAACCUGGGGAGAAGGUGCUCCUGAGCAAUAGCAAUCUCAAUGAUGCCUAAGAGGGACCCAGCAUGGGACACAUCUGCUCCUCCAGCCAACUCCUGUCCCUCUGAUCCCACCAUUGUGGUUCCUCCCAUCUC